GAAAGAGGUAGAAAGCUAAGGACUAUUGUACCAAAUGCGCAAGUGGGUCAAUCGGGGAGGUACGCAGAACAUUCUGGUAAGUGAAUCGAUUGGGCAGAUGUUUGUGGGGCUCAAACUUUUUUUCCCUUCACAUAAGAAAUAUAGUAGCGAAUCGCAGAGUUGAAACUGAGACCAACAAAGUACCGCACGCUGUUUGCCACGGCAUGAUAAGUUAAUUCGAUGCCUGUUUUUUUUUCCGUGCGUUGAUGAUUGAAAAUAUGUGGAAGUACAAAUUUUGAGUAUUGUUGGGAAUUUAAAAUAUUAUAACAUUUAAAAUGAACCUCGUGUAUACUAUUUCUAGGAGUAUAUUCCCAAGAGUAUUUCUCCCCUUUCCCCUCCCUCCCCCCCCCUUUCCUUUCUUCACCACCAAAAAAAAUAUAACUACAGGGAUUAAGCAACAGUGGGCGUUCUUAUAUGAGUCGUAUCUUAUCCGUUUCGUAUGACAUGAAUUUUUAUAAAAGUCGAACACUUCUGGCUUUUAUUACCACGGUUGUUUUCUUUUGUCGGAUGCAUUUUUAAUUUGUAUUGGGACAAAAGUAAUUAAGCGAAAUUGAAAAAGGGAUACAAUAGUCUUGUAAGAAGUAUUUUACAUAGGUCUGCUGUUUUUGUUUUCACUAGGUCUGCUGAUUUCUUCUUCUGCCCUUUAUUUCUCUGACAGUUCUCUCUUAGAGGAAGAAGUUUUGUACCUUAUCUGAAUGGAGAAUUCCUAAAAAAAAAAAAAAACUAUGCGGGAGUGUUGUAUAUGUGUUUUUGUUUUUACGAGGCAUUUGUCAAUUCUAGGACGGAUAUGUCUAUGAUCUUUAAAAGUCUAUUGUGUGUAUCUCUGGGAUGUGUCAUUCGCGUUAUUUCUUCCUCAGUUUUUUCUUUUCUCUUUCCCUUUUGCAAGGUUACAGAAAUUGUACACUAUAAAAAAGGACUAUAUAUUUGUUCCCACAGCUCUUUUUAUAACCCUAGCCCUUAAAACUCUGCUCUAAAGGAAAAAUUCACCUUCACCCUCGGAAAAAACAACGAAAUCGAUUAACCUCUCUAAAAAAAAAUAGUUUUGGAUUUUUUUAUCAUACGUACAUAUAUAUACAUAUAUAUAUAUAUCUAAAGACCUAUGGAUCGAAUUAAGAAGGUAGAAGGUGGCUUUGUCAUUGAGGAGCGCUACAGUGCAUGGCAGAAGAAGAAAGUCCGGACCAUUCUUGUCAAUUCACACUCCAAAAGUGCCUUUCAGCGUUUCAUCACGGCCGCCCUAUCGAUCGCGGAGCCGAACGAUCGGAUCGAACUAUCUGGAGGGGAUUACUCUGAGUCGAUUUCGCUCACCAUUCCGAUUGAGCUCGUCGCCUCCGAUGGCGAGGAGCCCCGUAUCACCGCGCGUACCUCCCCAAUCACCGUCGCCGCAGGGGUGAAGGUGUAUUUGGAGAACCUCGUCGUGGUCUGCAAGGGCGCGAACAAGUCGGAUGCGGCUUUGAUGCUAAUGGGGGGUACGAUUUGCUGCCAUAGCUGCUGGUUAUCCUCGGUGUUGAUCGGCGGUGGCGCGCGGGUGGAGAUCUCCGACUGCGUGAUCUCCAAAAGCAGCAGCGGCUACGGCCUCGUCGUGCAGGACUCCGGCGGCGGGCAUAUCGCGCGCACCAUCAUCCACUCUCACAGCUUCGCCGCGGCGGAGAUCGACACCUACGAGGAGCUCGUGCUCGAGAAGUGUACACUUUUUAACAGCGCCGCGUUUCGAGGGAACGUGCUGAUGCUGAGCUCGGGGGUCGGCUCCAUCGCGGUGAAUGAAAGCUUUCGCCCGGUAAACAGCUGCAGUCGGGUGAAAAUCAUGAACUGUGUGAUCUACGUCACUCGGGAAAACGACCGCGAUGUCAGGACGACGGAUAGUCUGCUCAAAAGUAGCAUCGACGAGGAUUCGAUGACGAAUGUGUAUGGGGUUCAAUGCUGCGUCGUCAUCGCCAACGGGGCCUCCCCGACCCUCUGCGAUAACGAAUUAACUGAGGGGGAGAUCGGGAUCUACUUGGAUUUCCCCGGUGCUGCUCAAAUCGCACGAAAUAUCAUCCGUCUACAACGGCGCUGUGGCAUUUUGGCGAUGGUCGAUCACGGAUAUAUUCCCUCCCUGUUUGAUCAGCAGUUGUGCAUUGCCGAAAGCAAUGUGCUGGAUAAUUGCUGCAUUGGGAUCGAUGUCGUUCAUUCUUCCUGCGGGAGACACCUAUCAGGGGUGAAUUUUGACGCGGAGCACCUCUUCUCGCCCGAAUUGCCAACCCAAAAGCAACAGUUUAACUGGUUCUCCUCUUCGGAUCUUACCAAAACUCUACCGGAUUGUGCUUUGGCGCCCGAUGUGAGAAAAGACUUGAAAAGCCCCGCAUACGGGCCGGAGGAUUCCACGCAACGCGUCUUCUUUCACGGCACGUACUACUCGUUGCAGAAUCUACGGUCGUAUUUAAUGGGGCUCGUUCAUUCCGUCCUCCGCGCCUACCCCGUUUGCUUAAACGAUUCGUUUAAGGUGGUAUCUGGCGCCCCGCCCGUUUACGCUUCCGAAGAUGCCGCCGCGGCGGGAACCGAGAAGGUCGGAAACGAAUACGCGCAGCUGAUAAAGUCCUCCCUAGGACUUCUUCUCUCGAGCGAUUCGGAUGAAAAAGAGCGGCGGAAGAUACUCCAGAGGAUGGGCAACCGGGGCGUGCAUGUGAGUAUGACCAAGUUCGUGAACUGCUCGUUAUGUGCAAUUCGCUUCGGACGCCAUAGCUACGGGAUUGUCGAAUCAUGCCAAUUCGAGGAUUCCAAAAGCCACGCCGUGGUGAUCGACUCCGGCGCGCAUCCGUUGAUUACCGGUUGCCAUUUCUUAUCCUCUUCCAAGGCGGUGCUGGUGUUGCACAAAUUCUCUGAGCCGUUGAUCAUCGGAAAUGAAAUCGCCAUGGGUUCGAAUAAUGGGAUCGAGGCGAAUAACCUCUCCGGGGGCGUGAUCGUGGCGAACGUCAUACAAAGUCAGCUUGGAUCUGGUAUUUUAGUAACUCAGAACAGCUAUUCGCUCAUCGUGGCCAACCUAAUUUCGAGGAAUUCCCAGGCCGGGAUUCAUAUCACCAAUCAGAGCACACCCCUUAUUUUCCACAACAAGCUCUACUGCAACACCGUCACGCACAUCAACUGUAGCGAAAAUUCGAGCCCUUUUAUCGCCUUCAACCAACUUCACUCCUCCCCCGGUGCGGGGAUGAUCUUUACGGAUUGCAGCAUCGGCACCGUCUACAAGAAUGCCAUUCUCCACAACGGCGACGGCAUCGUCCUCGAGCUGGAUGCGGACCCUCAAGUGGAGUGGAAUCGCAUCAAGAUGAAUCUCAAGGUCGGGAUUUUAGCACGAAACAACGCACUGGGCAACUUUGUGCAAAACGAUAUCAGCGAGAACACGCAGGCGAACGUCGUCGUCUCCGACGGCGCCUUCCCGGUACUUCGCCACAACACGAUCUCGAAGGGCCUUCAAGGCGGCGUCGUCGUCCAUAGCGAGGGGAUCGGGCUCUUUGAGAAAAAUCACCUUUCGGAGAACUCCGUGGCCAACGUGAUCGUGGUCGGUCCGCACUCGGAGCCGUCUUUCGUAUCGAACAUGAUCAACUCCGCGCCGUCGGGCUGUGGCGUGCUUUGCGCGCAGAACACCGGGGGGUUGUUCGUCGGCAACCACAUCUACGAGAAUAGCCAGUACGGGGUGUACGUCAUCGACGCGGCGAACCCGACGUUUCGCGAGAAUCACAUCCGAAGCGAGCCCAUCGGCGUUUUUGUUUCGGACCGCGGCAAAGGAAUCUUUCAGCAAAAUCAAAUCCACUGUUGCCAGAGCUUCGGGGUGCUCACGACGCAGGAGGGGGAUCCGGUUUUUGAGGAUAACACAAUUUACCUCAACCAGGUGGCGGGCGUACUAAUCGCGCCCGAUGGGGUCGGAAAGUAUUUGCGUAAUACACUCAAGGAUAAUGGGUUCGGCGUUCAGCUCGGCUCUUCCUUGCAGUCCACGACCGUGAAUGUCAACUCGAUCUUCGUGAAAGCAAAGCCACCGAGCCUUCCGCCUUUUUCGGCUACCGUCCCCUUUAAAUGCAUCCCGGGAAAUGGAACUGCACUGACUUCGAUAAGGAAGAACAUCCCUUCCGCUCGGGAAGCUGGUACGAAUAAAUUGCCGUCGAAUGCUCCCAACCCCACGGAUCAACGCUAUCCUAUUCGCCUGAAGCCGCUCCGAUGCCAGGUACGGGGGAAUAAAAUCUUCCACAACCAGUACGCGGGUAUUCUCCUGAGCGCGAGCUGUAGUGGUCAUGUCGAGGAGAAUGAGAUUUACGACAACACCGAUUACGGCGUCUGCGCCGAUCCGUGCUACGCCGCGACCUGCGUGCAAUCCCUCCUCCAACAACGGCCGUCCGCGAUUUCCAAGCAGCUCAACGCCGUCGCGGCGACGCCGCCGUGCAACGCCUCGGUGUUGUUCACUAAAAACACGAUCUACCGAAAUCGGGUGGCGAAUGUCUCCUACAAUAGCUGGUAUGCCAACGAUCAGACGGAUUGGACGGAGAAUGAGAUUUAUGAGGCGCCAAUCGGGUUUUACCUCGGCAACCAAUCCUCCUGCAACUUGGUGGAGGGGAAUCGGAUUCAUCACUGCUUGGACGGCGUGUACGCGGAGUUCGGUGCGGUCGGUCGGUUUUGCGAAAAUCAGAUCUACGACUGCGCGUUUAGCGGGCUUUACGUCAGCCACGGCGCGGAGCCCGUGUUCACGCGGCGGAACGUGAUCCAGCGCUGUGGGCUCUCUGGGGUGCUCGUUGAUUGGGGUGGGAGCGCAAAAGUAGAGGAGACGACGAUUCGACAUUGCUGUGUGGGCGCUAUCAUCUCUUGCGUUGACAAGAUCUCCCCAGAGCUCAGCUACAAGGCCGUGAUUGCCACGACGCAUGCGUUGGCUCCAUGCACCUUCUCCGAUAACGUCAUCGAGGAAAACGAAACCCAUGGAGUGUUGCUCUUAAGUGCUGCCAAGUUUACCCCGCUGCGCGUGCAUCGCUACACGGAUCCACUCCAGUCGUGGCGAAAUACCAUUAACUUUGCGCCCCCUUUGGAUUCUAACGUGACUAUGCGAAGUUUAUUCUCGUCGAAGGAUCGGCUCUUCGCGUUGUUCGCUAGAAACAAGAUCCAUCGCAACCGCAUGUGUGGCGUUUUUGUGGAUCGAUUUGAGCUUAGUGAUUUUGUUUCGACCGCCGAGGCAAACGAACUCUCCUUACUACACGACAUGCACACGCCCGAUGCGGCGAGGGCUGUGGAUGUUAAGUCCGAGUGCCUUAUUUCCACCGGAUUUAAUGAAACGGACCUCGACACGCCCCUGAUGAACUGUGAUAAAGAGCAACGUGAAAAGUUAGAGCUUAGGAACGUUACCUUUCGGGAAAAUGUCAUUCGGGAGUGCGGCGUGGGUUUCGCCACUGGAUAUGGCCGUCAUCCGUUUCUAUUGGACAAUAAGAUCGAGUGCAAUGUUUUCUUUGGCCUCCUUCUCCGAUCAAACUCGGGUUUGGUUGCGCACCAGAAUGUUGUUUGCGAAAAUGGUAUAGCGGGGGUCUACGCCGCGAAGGGUUCCAGGGGUGUGAUUAGUGGUGGAAGAAUAUCAGAAAACAACACGUUCUGUCGCUACCCGGGCAACAAGAACCAGACACGCAACUUUUCGGACUUCAUCUUUAGCAAAAAUUUCUUUGAGCAGCCCUGGGAUGCCAACAGCGCCGGCACGGCUCCGAGUCUGAGGAGCACGAUGGAGGCCCCCCCUCUGCCUCUAUCACCACCGCCGUCACUGGAGGAGUCCCGUGCGCGGCUCGCGAGUGAGCCCCUGAUGCAUCUCGCGCGAAUCCACACCUACUCCCUCGCAGAGGCGAUUCAGCUGCUCUGCGAGUUUGUCUCCGCCUCCUCCGCCUCCUCCGCGGGGAUGACGCUCGCGACCACCUGCUGCCCUUCCGCGGCGAUCUGUGAUGACGUCCCCGUCUCCCUGGGCGGCGUGGCGGUGCCCAACUUCAUUCGCAUGUGCACCUCCGACGGGGGGAUUGGGGUGUGGAUUGAGCAGGGCAGCUUCAUAAAGAUAUGCUGCAAUGAAAUAAAGGCGAAUAGUCGGAUCGGUGUCUUGUAUAGUAAAGGUAUCGUCCAUCACCAUAGUAUAUUAGUCCCCGCGUUUGUCGUGAAACAGAAAAAAGGAGCCUCGACUUAUAACCCCCCCCCUAAAUCAAACUUCCAGCAGGCAGAAAACGAUGGCGAGGUGGUGAAAUCCUUGGAGCGCGUCCUGUCCUUGCCGAGACCCCGAUUGGCUUCGGAUCAGAAGGGCUUUCUUUUCACCUCAGACGCCCUAACCACUUCGAGCCCGGCAACCCGCGGGGAAGGUCAAACGGGCGGCGCCCUCACCUCCCCGCCCUUACCCUCCCGAGGCUUCCGAAAAUCCGGAGAUGCCGUCCUCACCUACGCCGCCAUCUCCGACAACGAAAUCCACGAGAGCGAUUACAGCGUCUACAUCCAACACUACCAGGCCCUCCGGGAGGACCCCUGUGGGGCCUACCUCAUCCCCGCCUCCAAGUCCCCUCUUCUUUCCGCGAAGCCCCCUUUCUUCUCGUCCUCGUCCCCCCCACAGGUGGGGCCCCCGUCCGCCCCUCUCACCCCAACUGCCGUGUCACCGCGGUGGGUGGACUCGUUGGAUCUCAGCACGAUGACGGACCACCCUCUGCCGCUCCCCACCUCAUUUAGCGCCCGCCGUGUCACACUGCUGGUGGAGCGCAACACCAUCGCGCGGUCGCGUCAAGCCGGGGUCUACGCCGAGCACGUCGUCGAGGUCCUCUGUGACAAGACGCAACGGGUCGACCACGGCAUCCUGACCGCCGCGGUGGAGAAGUCCUACUCGGACGUCCUCUCCUCCAUGCUGAUGCGGAAGACGCUGCCGGUGUCCGGCGGGCCGCUCUUUCGGCUCACCCCCGUGCCGGUCGAUGCGGGGCAGGUCUGGGUCACGCACAAUAAGCUGUCGGGGAACGCCGGCCCGCAGGUGGAGGUGUCCUCCCGCUACGUCGUCGUCUUCGCCGACGCCACGCGAACGCUGCUUCAGUUCGACACAAUGGCCUCACCGCGGCACUCAAACUACGUGUCGAGAAUUCUAAAAGAGAUCGAACCGUUUGGGAGCUUCUUGCAACACCCUCCGGUGGAGUCGUGCAUCUUUGAUAGUAAUGUCUUCUCCGAUGCAAAGCACGGCGUCCGAGUUGCGGGGUAUGUCGGUUCCAUUGGAGCGCGUUUCCAGCGAAACAAGUUCGAAAACCUAUCUGUUGGCAUCCUCGUGGAGGGUCAUCUAGCAGCGUGCACGGUAGGGGUGGGGAACAUUUUCUUGAACAAUCUUAUUAGUUUAAAGAUCGAUGUCACCCCUAGCCUGUAUCGUUCCAAACGCGAGGAAACCGACAAGGAGAAUCUCGAGGCGCAAAACGACCUACGAACGCGCGUGUUUAACAAUGUGUUUAAAUCUUCUAGGGAUUGCUCUGUGUUGGUGAGCUCGAGUGGAGACCGUUCUGUUCUAUUAUAUCAUAACGAAUUCUUUGGGCAUGUUAUGGGCAGUUCAGCAGUUUACCUCACCGCAGCAAAAUCUCACCGAGAUCAUGAGGGGACUGUGAUCGUCAAAAAUAUUUUCUCCGAAGGUUACACGUCGCUUGUGGUCAACGGGCAGGCGCCCCCUGGCACAGAUGAAAAGAUGGUUCCUCAGAAAGAGCUUUGUGUCAUACCCAGCGUCGCUGCAGAGAACAUUUUUAUCGGGAAUUACAUCGGCGCGCUGGUGUGUAAAGGGGCUUCUCUCCAUCUUGUAGGCAAUUUGUUUGAUAGCAACUUUCGAUGUGGGUUAGAAGUGAGCGGAAUCGACACGAAGUUUCAGGCGCGGGACUGCGUGUUUCGUUGCCAUUACGCGCCUUUGAUGUCGAGGAAUCACUUAUCAGCUUCCUCUUCCGUGAUAGACCCCAAAUACGCCAGAUUUCCACCAAACUCCAGUCUCCCCUUACUUAUGGGUACCGUCCUGGUGGAGUUGAUGCCGGAAAAUAAGUAUUUGCUGAAUUUAGAAACCCAACACAUUUUAGUGGCUGGCAUCUUGGCCGACACCUUCGUGGAAGGCGUUGUUGAGAGGUGCACCUUCACAGAUAAUGAACUUGGCGUGGACGCCACGCGGGAUGCCAGGCAGUCCUCCAUGACAACGCUAGACAGCACUCUCAAAUUUAUCUCUUGCGUGUUUUCUCGGAAUCGAGUGGCGGGGAUACUAUUGCGUGCGAGCGUGACAUCCAACAACAACAGUAUUAAGGAUCUAGAAUCUACAUACGUCGCCAAGGCCGAAAUAGGUCAGGGCGCGUGGUCCGAGAAUAAGGAUGUGAAUGAGUUUCGUGAGGCAACGACAAUUCAAGGAUGCUACUUUUCGGAGAAUAUGUGUGACCGGUCUACCUGCGGGGAUGUUGUUACCAUCAACGCCAGUCACGGAAUGUUUCGUGAUAAUUUGUUUCACGGUACGGUUCAUGGGAUGGAAAGUAGCCACGCGGUGUUCAUGAACAAUUUCUUCCAGGAAAGCAAUCCAAAUACCCAGCAGGAUUCGCAUGUCCGGUGCCCAGCGGUAGUGCUCCAUUCCCGAUCUCGAUUAAUCUUAAAGAGCAACUUCUUUUCACAUUAUAAAAAGGCAAUUCUGGCGCUUCCGGGUGCGAGCGGCGUGGUUCGAUCCAAUUUCUUGCAUAGGUGCGGUACUGGCAUCACCAUUGCACCCCAUAAUUGUACUAUUUUUAAAGAGAAUAAAAUUUUCUUAAGCCAUAAGUGUGGCGUCUUGACCUACGGAGGACUUUUUGCGAGCAAUGAAAUCUUCGGGGGUACGACUGGGAUGAUUGUUCAACCUGGGACGGAAUACAAAGGCAUUGAGAUGUCGGCUGACUACCACAACAGAGACGACAUCCCUUUGUGUUCCUAUAACACCAUAUGCGGGUGUGAGUCCAACGGCAUCCUCGUGCAGGGUGCCGCCACCUUAGAAGGAAACACCAUCUCGAGCUGCGAGAACGGAUUCAAGAUGGUGUCUUUUGCAAAGCUGGUGAGUGGGGAAAAGGUCCCUGUUGCAAAAGGCAACUCGGUCUACUCCAAUGGCGUUGGGUUUUACCUUGAUGAUGACUCCAUAUCAACCUUGCAGAACAACGACAUAUUUGACAAUAAAAUAUACGGUGUUCUUGUGAUGGAAAGUGCCACGGGGACGUUGCAAAGUAAUCGCAUAUCCACCAUUGACGACUGCAACGCGAUCAAGAUCAGUACUGCUUCUCAUUUCAAGCAAACUGGGAACAUUAUCCGCUGUCAGUUCUCACCGGGGGGGGGCAAGGUUGACAUCGCAGCGAACCGGAGUAAGGAAUUUGGCAAAAAAAGCAAGACUGUCGAAAAGGAUAUUGAGGUUGCCGAGAAAGAACUUACUUUGAUUACGAAUAAAGCACACAAAAUGUAUGAGGCUUCUGAGCUAACUGCCAAUAGAAUGCUCGAUGAGCUGAGUAGCCGAAUACCCGCUCUGAGCGAGGAUUCCGUGGCAGCGGUGAUCGCCUUGAGAACGCAGAAGAAGUGCCAGAACCUUCUCGCCCUCAUGCAUGGCGAGCGAAGACAAACUGCGCCGUCAACCCCCAUUACGGACGGCCUUCACCUCUCCAUUGUGAGUCAAGACGGCGUUUUAGGCUCGCGUGAGGGUAACGUCGCCCACGGCGGAUCUCGCAGUCGACUUGGCCCUAACGCCACCUUCCUGAAUCAGAUUGAGGAGGCGGAGCAGUUGCCUCACCCGGAGGACGGCCGUUUCGUGCUGAUUCACGUUGUUUCACGAUCCAAAGCGACCGCCACCAGUAAUUCCAUCGGGCAGAUCGUCGCGAGCGUUCUCUGCGCACCCUGCCUCGCCCACGCGCACUUCAAAACGACCGUGACGGCCGGCCAUGCUGAGUUGAUUUCUUUCCUGAAGUGCACCGAAUCGAUCAAACCCUUCAUCAUGAUUGUGGUUGUGGGCCUUAAUCUAUGUAAAAUUUCUCCGAAGUAUGUCAAGUCGCUAGAGUCGCUCUUUAAGACUUGGGAAACACUUUCGGAAGUGGCGGGACCAACGUUUAACGCAUUCCCGCAGUUCCCCCCAGAGGUGUGCUGUCCUUUGUUGUACAUGAUAUUCCCAAAGUCGUUUUCGUCCAUAGGGGAGAUGAGCCCAAGAUCCAAAAAGGCCGAAACCCGCGACGGCGACAGCGCCGCAGCGUGCAUUGGGAUGCUGCAAGAGCGCGCCAAACGCGCGCAUAUGAUCUUUUACUACCAAUCACGUGUUUCGGACGUGUUGCCGAAAAUUCAGGAAGCCAUCGUGCAGCGCAUGUUACCCAAUCAGCCGAUCUCGACCGAUGAUGUUAGGGGGCCUCCAGCUUCGUGUGGCGGCGUCGGCACCGGCGCGAGUACCCUCGAUAUCAAGGAAAAUAUAGAUAUCCUUCCUAAAGCCCCGAUCCGGUUGCAAGAGCCGCCAUCCAAGGAGGUGUUUCGGAAGCACCUAAAGUCAUCCUCCAUAGCGCGUGAGCGGGUUGAGGAUAUCCUGAGUAAAGUGAAGCCCAGCCCAUCUGCGGGAAAGAAAACUCCUAGACGGGAUAAAAAGUCCUCCAUGGCAGUUUCCCACCCUGAAUCCUUUUUUCCCGGCAAGCGAUCCCGCCAACUCGUUCCCGUGUUCUUUACCCCUGAUUUGUGCAACCUGAGGAUCUCCAAUAGUGACGGAAACGAAGCGGACGUUCCCGAUGAAGCCUUCCCUUCUCAGUUGCAUGUUCAAAAAGCAAGGCCAGAGGUGUCGAACAAAAGCACACGUUCUCCCUCCUUCCCAAGCCUAAAGGUUCAAUCGCUCCAACGGAAGCGAGUGUGA